AUGGUGAACUGCACCAUGAGUGCUCAGAACGAUUCCGAGGUGGAGAGCCUGCUUAUGAGCCCAUGCUGGAACCAAUCGACGAACGUGCAAGAACAAUACAUACUAGAUGGUCACAAGCUGCUGCUGGAUGCCGAUCUGGAAUCCCUACCGAGUGAUUCCGAAACGCAGAAAAGCUCGAUGGAUGUGCUGGAGAACCUGCUGCUGAAUUCGACCUCCAUCAACAGUAGCAACUCGAGCAAUGAUGGCGAUGUUAAGCCACUACCCUCAUUUACGUCCUUCAAUACAGGACAUUUAUCUAUUAACGGAAUAUCCGGGUAUCAUUAUACGGCGAUUGCACAGCGGUUGCCAGAGGAAAACAACAAUUACCCGCAGAAUUCGUUCCAGAACGGAACGAGCAACGGUAGCAAUGGGGAUAACAAUAUCGUUUCCUCAUCGACUUGCCUGCCGGAUUCGGUACUCAAUCCGGACGGGAAUGGAGCCGAUGGUUGCCUACAGGAUGUGAAACUAUUUUCCGACAGUUCGAUCGAUGGCAAGAUCUAUUCAGCUAGUGCCGACAGUUGCGUGAUAGGUGGGCCAGACUCCGUCUCCGGAGCAAGAAUCUUCGUUGACUCCAAAGAACUGUCCGAGUAUGAUAUGAGCUCGAUCGAAGAUAUUGCCGCAAUAAUAGGGUCCGCUAUUGCGGACACGACCGUUCCGAACAACAAAGUGGAAAAAGAAGACGGAAAUGACACGAGAGAUUCGUGGAUGGACUUGGACGCGUGGAUCGAAGGGACCUGCACGACACCGGAGAGCAAACUUAUCGUAUCACAGCAGGACUCACUUAGUGAGCUAAUCCUACCUCAUUCCCCGGUGCAUACGGCCGGUUCUACGCUACAGAGUCUACUAACGCACGGGUAUAUGCCACUGCUCCAGAAUCGGUUACAAAAUGGGCCGCCUAUCAAAAUUGAGACCCCCACCUCUACGUCCUACUGCGGCGAACUGAUAUCGACUUCAACUAGUCCACCAGGCUCGGUCGUAUCGACAACCGACAAUCUAAUACUAAACGGAAGGUACCUGCAGAAUCAUCAAAACUUUGCCCUCAGCAUGGGCAUCAAACCGGACGGACUGUGCAGUCCGGAACUCAUGGGCAACUACCCGCAUACCACUAGCACAACUCCAACGACACCAAAAAAUAAACGACGGCCUCACAAGCAGUCCAAAACCAACGGCCACGGGCAUCCUCAGGUGCAGCAGGCUCAAUCCCAGCAGUCUCAGCAGCAGCAGCAAUGUUCCGUGCAACAAUCCGCAGCCCAGCAAUCCCACCAGCAGCAACUAUCCGCAGCGGCAGCGGCGGCGGCAGCACAGACGCAAGCAGCGCUUAGCUUUCAAGCGGCCAGUGAACUCAGUGGACUUCUCGGUAAAGAUAAACCCGUACACCGGUGUAACAUCUGCAACCGGGGGUUCCUCAACAAGAGCAACAUCAAGGUCCACCUGCGAACCCACACAGGCGAAAAGCCGUUCCGCUGUGAAGUCUGCGCCAAAGCCUUCCGCCAAAAGGCCCAUCUCAUCAAGCACCAGCAGAUACACAAACGAAUCGGGAGGGAUUGA